CUGCGUAUCCCGCUACUUCAGCUUCCACGUUCACGUAACUUUUUACAGUGCAGCACGCAAUAACGAGUACGAAUCGGGAGCCCGUGACGUUUCAGUAUAUUUCCUCGUCAUAAUUUGCGCUUUGGUCGACCGCACCCCCCACGCUCUUCGCCGCGCGCUUCCGCCAGCCCGCCAUGCUCAACCUGCCCCCCGCCCCCUGGGAGGACGGCGGCUCCGCGCCCUUCUCCCCCGCCUCGCCCCCCGCGCGCUCCAUGGCCGCCCUGCUUGCGUCGCUGUCGCUGCAGCGGCGGUCGCGCGAGGUGGGGCUGCAGUUGCGCGCGGGGCUGCGCGACGUGCGCGCGGAGUUCAGCUACGUGCGGCUGCGCGGGCUGCGCAAGGUGGGGCUGGUGGUGGAGUCGGCGGCGGAGUCGGACGAGCUGGCGGACGUCUUCCGGGAGAGCCAACUGUACAGCGAACUGCAGCUGGUGCCGGCCAUCUGCGAGCACAGCAUAGGGCCCAGCACCGCUGACGACGAGGACGAUGACGACGAUGACGAGGGGGGUCGGGCGGGGCAGUGCGGGCGGGCCAUGGCGCCGACAGCGGAGGAGGUGGAGGUGGCGCUGCACGUGCUGGAGGGGUGCUGCCUGCUCGACCCCGCCACCAGCCGCCAGCUCGCUGCCUCCUACCAUGUCAUCAAGGACAUUCUGAUCCACCUGUCGCCCAUGUCAUCCACGCCUCUGGGCGACCCCCCUGCGUCGCUCAUGGCGUGCUGCCUCAACGCGCUGCCCGCCAUCCUCCUCGCCACCCCGCGGGCACUAGAGAGCAUGGACGUGCACAAGGGCGUGCUGCAUGUGGCGCCCAUUGUCAAGGACCGCCAAAUACCACUCUACCUCAGAGCCAAGGCGGUGGAGUUCCUGGCACUGUUCCUGGCGCAGCUCAAGGACCUGGCGGCGGGGGGGGGAGGUGGCAGCACGGUGGAGGUGGCGGGCAGGUGGCUGAGGGACGCCGUGCAUGACCUGGAGGACGUGGUGGGGGAGAGGGCAGCGCAGCUCAUUGAGGGCGCAGCCACAGGGCGGGGCGGCAUGCUGUCAGAGGACAUGCUGGAAGAGCGAGUGACUCGCAUUGCAGAGAUGUUUUAACCAACGUUUGACAUAAAUUGACUCAUGGGAGGGCCUCAGAUUGCAGGCUUUUUACCCUGAUUCAGGGUUAUAUCAGGGUUUUCUUCGGGGGUGACCCUGAUGAGACAGGGUUUUCUUUUAACACGGGCCUGAAAUUUCAGCGUUCUUUUAGAAGUGAACUCUGAUCGAUCAGCGUGACUAGUGUAGUGAGGCAUGUUUGUCCAGCGUUGUAUUGGGUGUUAGAAAGAGAGAAUGACUAGACUAGGAAGAUACAGGGCAUUAUAGACUACCGUAAAAGCCCGGAUAUAAGACUCAUGGGUCUUAUCACAUACCGCCUAAAAAAAAGGCAGCGUGUCUUAUAAACGGAAAAAAGUAGG